AAUGUAAUGCGAUGCGAUUUCUGAUUUUGCAAAGUAGCCCCUACACUUUCUAAAUUUACAGUUCUUGUCCGGGUUCUUGAAUUGUUCUUACGGAGAUCGGAGUUGCAGUCUGCCGAGUGGAUUCCGCCUCAGUCAGUCUCAGUUCGUAGGAGAAAUCUGGUUCUAAAUGAGAUCUCUCAAAGCUUCCUCCUCCAUCAAUGGCAACAGCAGGAGGCUGACGAUGCUUCACCUUGUUUGCGCUGCUUCACUCUUUUCUCUUUUCGUAUUCGUCAUUCAAUCCUCUUUCUUCUCAGGUCCCUCGUCUCUCACUUCCUUGCAUCUUCCUUUACCAUUUAUCUCCGAAGUCCGGAUUCUGUCGGAUUUCCAGUCCAGCGUUAAGCAAUGCGUGGCAAACAGGGGGCUUGGACUCACUGCACAUAUUAUUGACAACUGCAAACUGAUUCUCAAGUUCCCAGAAGGCACAAAUAGUACUUGGUAUAACGAGCAGUUCAAGAUUUAUGAGCCAUUGGAAUACAAUUAUGAUGUGUGUGAAGCAAUAUUAUUGUGGGAACAGUAUCGCAAUAUGACUACGGUCUUGACAAGAGAGUAUUUGGAUGCUCGGCCUGAUGGGUGGUUUGAUUAUGCUGCAAAGAGGAUAGCACAAUUGGGAGCAGAUAAAUGUUACAAUAGAUCUCUUUGUGAGGAACAUCUUCAUUUGAUCCUGCCGUCAAAGCCUCCUUUUCACCCCCGACAGUUUAAAACCUGUGCAGUUGUGGGAAACUCUGGAGAUCUUUUAAAGACAGAGUUUGGUGAAGAAAUUGACAGUCAUGAUGCCGUUAUACGUGAUAAUGAGGCACCUGUUAAUGAAAAAUAUGCCAAAUAUGUUGGUCUGAAGAGGGAUUUUCGUCUUGUUGUAAGAGGUGCUGCUCGCAAUAUGAUUGCAAUUCUAAAUGGGUCUGAUGAUGAGGUACUUGUUAUCAAGAGCGUGAUACAUAGAGACUUUAAUGCAAUGAUUAAGCUUAUUCCAAAUCCAGUUUAUCUCUUCCAAGGUAUUGUUCUACGUAGAGGUGCCAAGGGAACUGGAAUGAAAUCUAUUGAAUUAGCUCUCUCUAUGUGUGAUAUUGUGGACAUAUAUGGUUUCACCGUUGAUCCUGGCUACACUGAAUGGACAAGGUACUUCUCCACACCCAGGAAAGGCCAUAAUCCACUUCAAGGAAGGGCAUACUACCAGCUAUUAGAGUGCCUUGGCGUUAUAAGAAUACAUUCUCCAAUGAGAUCUAAGAGGAAGCAAGACUGGUCCGAUGUUCCAGAUCGAGAAAUGAUUAGGAGGGCUCACGCUGCAGCCUUGCGCUUGAAGAAGAGUCAGUCAGGUCAAGGGAGUGGCGAUUUGGGACAGUUUGGUAGCUGUAAAGUGUGGGGCAAUGUGGACCCUGGGAUCGAAGGUCCUGUCUCGGGAUCCCCCGAUAUGAGUGAUACCAGGAAACGCUCAAGUUAUAGUAAGUGGGAAGUUACACCUUUUAACAGUUUGAGAAAAGAAGCACAAGAUCAUUACCAGCAGAUGGAAGGGGUCUCCCUGUACAAAAUGGACGGCAAUAAGUUGGAUGAUCUUGUAUGUGUGAGGCAUUCUUUGGAUUCUGUCGCUUAAAUAACGUGCUCGGCUCGACAAUACCACAUACCUUUCACCUCCACUGCAUGUCUCAAUAGGCACUCUAUGCUCCAUUGUAUUAUGUAAUACUUCAAUAUCUCCACGCUUGUUAAAAGAAUGCCUUUCUUUAUUUCUGUCUAAUGACUGGGCACACGCAAUAGAGGCAUAACAGAAACUUCAGUUCUUUCCCAGAGAGCGAUCGAGACGAACGUGUGCCACUGACGAAAGAUGAUUCUUCCUACUUGGGAUUCCAUGCCUGGACGAGCUGGCGAAAUUACUAAUGCUUUGUUUGGCAAGAAAGAAAAGAAACCUGAGUCAGUUUAUUCUUUGGUUUUGUUUCUAAGAUAUGUUGUAAAGCAGCUUGUAUUUUAGCCUCUGAAAGAAAGUGUAUCAUUAAUUAUUCUUGCAAUUAUUUGUAAAGACUCUUAAGCUAAAUGGUUGAUUUACCCUUUUCUUAGUACAACCAACAGAUGUUGGGGUAUGGAGAUUUGAAUCUCCGACCCCAAGAAAAGGAAUAGAUGUUAUAUAAGUUGAUACUUUUGAUUGUGUA